CCUGAUCAUUGUUGUUUAGCGCUACCUUUCUCCUGAAGUCCUUGCCGGAACCCUUAAUCCGGAUCAUUUUGAUAGUUACCGUCGCGCAGAUAUUUAUUCGUUGAGUCUCAUCAUAUGGGAGGCCUGUCGUCGUACAAAUAUUAACGGAAUGUAUGAUAAAUGCGAACUGCCAUACUUCGAUUUGGUUCCACUCGACCCUAGUCUGGAUGAGAUGAAGAAAUGUGUCGUCACCGAUGGUCUUAGACCUGCCGUUUCAAGCCGUUGGACUUCCUGUGCGGUUUUGCAAGGAAUGACCAGAAUAAUGCGAGAGUGCUGGGCGGCAAAUUCUGCGGCAAGACUUACGGCUCUGCGCGUCCGGAAGAGCAUUGACACCUUGUCAGAACUCGUCAAAGAAGCGAAAGUGUGA